AUGCAUAAAGGAAUAGAAGUACUAGGAGAGACAGUCUUUAAAACAUCAACUGAAACCCUUCUUAAUGAUUUCACUUUGAUAAAAAAGGAUGGAUCAAAGACAAAAACAUCUUUAAUUGCAGAAGAUGUCCAUGGGAAUAGAAUAAUACUAUGUACACUUGUUCCUGGUGUCAAUGAGAGUAUUGUAGCUAAUACAAUUCUUCAGCCUGGGGAAAUAUUUAAGUUGUCAUCUACAACGAACAAUGCAGUUCAUAUCUCAUAUUUAGAGAGUGAAUAUGAGAAGGCCCCAAGUGAGACUACUUCUUUGGUUACACUAAGAAUAAAGGAGCAUGAGAAGGUUUUAGUGACUGGUCCUACAGUAUAUAGCUUAGUAUCCAUUGUUUCUUGUGCCUCAGAGAGACUGUCUUUAUGUCUUUUAGUGAAUGGAGAAGAAAUAACCUUAGCUAAUCUUGUGCCUAACAGGAUAGAGACAGCAGAAAUAUCCUUGGAGACCUUUGAAGAUGCAGAACUUCAGUUAUUUAUAGUUGGCAAGGGAGAAGUAGAAAUAGUAGGGUAUGCAGCACCAGAAGAAGAUUCAGAGGAAGAAGACUGUUACGAAUGCGGGUUACCCUUUGAAGAAUGUGACUGCGAGGAUACAGAAGAGAGUGAAGAAAUAAAUGAUAAUGACUUUAUAUCAGACGAGAAGAUGGAGCACAUCAUGGGAGUAGCAAAAAAGAACAAAACACCAGGAAGAUCACCCCAAGAAUUAAAUACCCCAGAGAAGAAACUCUCAAAAGAAGAGAAGAAAUUAGCUGAGAGACAAAAGGACUUGAAGGACAUAAAGAUAGUUGAUACUUUCAAGUCAAAACAAAAGAAGGUAGCACAGAAGACAGAUAAAGUAAAGAUAAAAUAUACGUUAUUUGUGAAUAACAAGAUGGUUGAGAAGAACAAGUCAUCAGGUCUUGUCUUUAGAAUGGGAGAUGGCCAGAUAAUCAGGGGACUUGAGCUUGGAAUAGAAGGAAUGCACGUUGGAAGCAAAAGGACCAUAACAAUACCACCUCAUCUAGGGUAUGGAUCUGUUAGAGUUGGUGGUAUACCACCAAACUCAGUGCUUGUCUUCCAAGUUGAGCUGUGCUGUGUUAUAGACUAA